AUGAUGUGCCCCAAGGCCCGUGAGAUCCAGACAUCGCCCACGGGCACACACAACGCAGCAACCAACAGGAAUAUCGAAUGCCAACCCGACACAAUCCCUAGUAAAUCCACCAGAGCAGACGAACAAAGACGUGCCAGCGGAUUUCCAUCUCUCCCCUCGAGCUUGUUAGACUUUCCCGCGGACUUGGAUCUAGGACUGGACUUUGCGUCGCCGCAGUCGGAAAUGGGCAAUCCCCUGGAAGCGCGCGAUUUGCAGUCCGGAAUGGAUCUAGGGCCUAUUCAGAAUCAUCCGCAGAGUCAACCCUUUCCUCCGGAGCCACGGAGCUGUAUGGGUGGGCGACUCGAACCGGAACAUCAGCAUGAACUCCACGCCGCAUCACAAAGCUCUUAUCUCCAACCCUCCACAUCCACAUUGCUGUCCUACGCCAAACCACCGACCGCACACUCCCAACAUCGCUUGUCUCUAACCAGGACAGUGGCUCCCAAAGACAAGAACGGUCCGCCACAUGAAGCGAACGAGCUUAUGAACUUCGACCAUGAGGACGGUACGGCGUUGAACAGCAGCGGUGAAGACACAACAGAGGAUUCUGGGUGCGGGCAAUCCGUCUCGAGUCGACCAUAUUCGAACAGCAGUGGCACCCAGAGCUCAUACUCGCAACAAACGUCCAAACAGACGGGAGACAUGACCUCGUGGGUUCGUAAAUUGUCAGACAUAAAUGUGGAGCUUCAUCAGCAUAUGCUGGCUAUUCCGUCGGUCGAUGUAGAGCACAGCCCGUGGACCAACUCCAAGACGAGCAACGAUCCCAAUUUCCCCCAGGAACUGGCAGUAGGUCGCACCUUCAAACUCUCCCAUCAGUAUACGGAAACUCUCAAUGAUAUCUUCUCUCAAUACAAGACCCGCCAGACACAUACCGGAUCGCCCCCAGCGGCGCUGACACUAGACCAACCCUCCCAGCUGCUGGUUCUAUCCAGUUAUCUUUGUCUAAUCGAGGCGUAUGACAUGAUCUUGCAGCACAUCAAAGCAUGGACAGAAGUGCGAUUGACUAUGGGGGGAUCGACAGCGGGGGAGCACUUCCCCGUGCAACUACCCAGGCUCGCCAUCGGCUGCUUUCAAUUACCUGCGUCGUCGUCGACUCGGCCACUAGUCUUGAUCUGCAUCAUCGAGGCCACUAUGACACAGAUCCACGACCAAAUGAAUGAGAUGAUGCGACCUGCCCGGACGAUAGGCGAGCAGGGCACCCUGGGCGGUUACGGGCUGAGCGGCGUCGCCAAAGUGACGGUACAGGCAAUACGGACUAAAGAAGAUUCCACGAUGAAACUCCUCCACGUAGUGUGGCGACUGGCGUUGCGAUGUGGGGAUGACAGGAAACUGGGCGCUGGCGCAGAUUAG